CAGCACGUUUCAUAAACAAGUCAAAAUUUGUGCUUAUUUUCCUUUCGUUUUGUUUUUUCCCUAACAACGAAAACUUAUUUGUUUGAUCAAUAAAUAGUUCGUUUUCAAAAAUCUCGAAAAAAUGAAGGUGGAGGAAGUGAAAAGUACCAUAAAAACUCAACGAAUUAGUGCCCAUAGUCACGUUAAAGGCUUGGGUCUAGACGAAAAUGGAUUUGCUAUUGCCCAGGCGGCCGGCUUGGUCGGGCAAGAACAGGCCAGAGAGGCUGCAGGUAUCGUGGUCGAUAUGAUCAGAAGCAAAAAAAUGGCAGGCCGAGCCGUAUUACUAGCCGGUCCUCCAGGUACUGGCAAAACUGCCAUAGCUCUUGCAAUAGCACAGGAACUGGGUAAUAAAGUACCUUUCUGUCCGAUGGUCGGAUCGGAAGUGUACAGCUCUGAAAUAAAAAAGACAGAAGUACUGAUGGAAAACUUUCGAAGGGCUAUUGGUUUGAGAGUAAGAGAAACUAAAGAAAUUUAUGAGGGAGAAGUUUGCGAACUCUCUCCUGUGGAAACGGAACAUCCCGUUGGAGGUCAAGGUAAAUCUGUCAGUCAUGUAGUAAUCGGCCUAAGAACAGCAAAAGGCACCAAACAACUAAAACUUGAUCCGAACAUUUAUGAGGCUCUACAAAAAGAACGAGUCGAAGUAGGAGACGUAAUUUACAUAGAAGCCCUCAGUGGGGCUAUAAAAAGACAAGGAAGAUCUGAUGCUUUCGCCACUGAAUUUGAUUUGGAAGCUGAAGAGUACGUGCCUCUACCCAAAGGAGAUGUACACAAAAAGAAGGAAGUUGUUCAGGAUGUUACAUUACACGACUUGGAUGCAGCAAAUGCCAAGCCACAAGGUGGUCAAGAUGUUCUUUCAAUGAUGGGGCAAUUAUUGAGAUCCAAAAAAACCGAAAUAACUGAUAAAUUGAGAAAAGAAGUUAAUAAAAUUGUCGACAAAUACAUUGACCAAGGGAUUGCUGAAUUGGUCCCCGGAGUACUUUUCAUCGAUGAAGUUCAUAUGCUGGAUAUUGAAACUUUUACUUAUUUGCACAAGGCUUUAGAAAGUGCCAUUGCUCCUAUCGUUAUUUUUGCUACAAAUCGAGGCAGAUGUCUUAUUAGAGGUACUGAUGAUAUUUAUUCUCCGCACGGCAUUCCAUUAGAUUUACUUGAUAGACUCUUGAUUAUCAGGACUGUGCCAUACGAUCGUCCAGAUAUGGAACAAAUUUUGAAAUUGAGAGCUAAAACUGAAGGUUUAGAAAUUGAUGAUAAUGCUCUAACAGCUCUAGGAGCUGUAGGCACAAAGGCUACUUUAAGGUAUGCAGUGCAACUUUUAACUCCGGCUCAUUUAACAGCCAAAGGCAACAAGCGAACCAACAUUACAGUCGCCGAUGUUGAAGAAGUUUCAUUUUUGUUUUUGGACGCCAAACAGUCGGCAAAGAUUCUGUCGGAAAAUAGUGCUAAGUUUAUGCAAUAAGUUUUAAUUUUUAGUUGUUCGUGUUUGUUCUUUACAGCAUCUGUAAAUAAUUUUGGAAGAAUAAAGAUUUUCUUCACAUUUAGUUAGUAUUAGCAAUUCUUACAUUUACAUCUUUU